GAUGUGCUUGAUUGGAGAGGAGAGGAAUCUAUAUAUAUAAAAGGAUAGUGGGCAGGGAUCUGUGAAGGGAAGGGUCGUGAGGGAGGAAAGAGCCCCUUCAGGAGAAGGAGGCUGGCACUUGCAAAUUAGAUGCAGAAACAAGAUAAACAAGAUCUGGCAUGGAAGAAAGGUGGAUAUCACGAAGUUUUACUCCAUGUUGUGCUCCAACCAGGAUCAAAUGAAGAGGCUCUGCGACCCCCUCGGCUCUCCAUUCACCCCCAGCAGCUGGAAUAUUUUGAAGGAGAGAAGGUGGAACUGAUCUGUUCUGCAGAUUCCCACUCCGCAGUGGAGGGCUACAGGUUCUUCAACAAGAGCGGAGGGCCCAUCUCUACGGUGCCCACCAUUCCAUUUCAAGAGGGCCGUCUGAUUCUUAGGGUUCAGAUGGAGAGCACUGGCGAUUACAGCUGCGAUUACUGGAUAGGAAAUGGGAGCGGAGGAGCCACAUCUGCACGAAGCAACGCCAUCUCGCUCCGAGUCAAGGAAGCUCCUGCUGCCCCAUUCCUCUCUUUGAAUCCCAGUCUCCCUGAAUACAACUGGGGAGACGACGUCAGCCUCGUGUGCUCAGCUCCACUCGAAACCAAGAAGGUCUCGGAAUUUCAAUAUUAUGGCGAAAGAGUUGCCAUUUCGGCUGUGGCUUCCUCCUACAUCCACACUUACAACCUCAGCAUCAUGGAAAUAAAGCAUGUGGGGCUGUACAGGUGUGCCUAUGUUGUGUACCUUGAUGGAAGACCUGUUGUUUCUAAGCAGAGUCAACCUGUCUCCAUUGCUGUCACAAGUACGGACGUUGCCCGUCAAUGGGUCCGGAUGUUGGCUGUUGGCUGCUCUUUCUUCACCAUCAAUGGCCUCAUCUUCUUGAUCUCCCACUGCCUUUUUUAAAGAAAAGGUAAUGGAGGUUUUCUGUGGAAGCCCCAUGCCUCAGAGAGUUGGAAGCCUCUUUGCUCUGAUGCCAGAGAGAGAGUAUAUCGGGGCAUGAUAGCCCAGGAGGGCUUGGUUUCUAGGGUAGAAAAGAAAAAAGUAGCACCCAACCUGCACACACACAAGGACUGAUCCCCUGCUGAUACCCAGACUAAGGCUGUAGUAUCAAACGGGUUGCACUAGUGCAGUAACCUUCACUAUUUUUCAAGUGGGGGACACUUGGACAAAAGACCUUCCAUGUGGUAGCCAUUCCCCCUGUGCUGAUGUACACACAGGACUGCACUCUUCCCAGUACUGGGAGGGACCUUUAAGAAAGACAAUGGCCGAAUUCGGAUGCAACGUGAAACUGGAGUUACACGGGGCAGAGGUUGGAACUCUGUUACGUCCCACUGCAUGCAACCAUGGUUUCAUGGCGAAAGCAACCUGUGGUUUGCCUCGUAAAACUCCAGUUUGAACCUUCAGUUUGCAGUAAGAUUCACCGUUGAGACCUGAGGUUUGACCACCUAAGCUGGUAUAGCCUAGGUGACAUGCACAGUACCAGAACCUAAAGCCCAGUUAUCCCAACUGAAGCCUGCAUCUAGCCCAAGUCUCCCUGCAAGAGACUCGUUGGUGAAAAGCAUGUUUUCCCCUGCGUGAACCAUUCACUUUGGGAGGGUGAGACCAGAAGGGGCCUGCCUUGAGAUAAUUGCUGUUGCCUUGAAAAGCUGAUUGUAAGCUAUUCUUGCCUUGAUUUACUAUUUGAAAGUAACUCCAAAUUGCUUGUCUUAACUUUAUGGUAGUCUCCUGAGAUGCACAUAUAUAUUGGUAGAAUUGCCCUUGUUAGUGUGAAAUGCAACACAGUGUGUGGCCAUACAUUGAUUGUCAUCAACUACACUGACACUCAUGUGCUCCCUUCUCCGUUCUCUCCUUCCUGACCCUCUUCACAGCCGACUCUGAUCCAGGCGCCACAAAGCCUGUGGCUUUGCCCACCACAGGGCCUGCUAUCAGGUUAUUUACAAGUUAUCCCAAGACAGUUCAGUCCUGAUAAGAGCCUCACAUAGGGAGCCCUGGACUAUCUGGGAUCUAUCCUUGAUCCCAGAUAGAGGAGUACGUUUGUGUCAUGGGAAGGAUUCUUUAUGGUACACUGAUUGACACAUAUGGAGAUUCAUGAUGGAUCUUGCUAGCUUCAAAGAACCGGAUGUGCAGAUCUAAGGAGCUGGUGACUAUAAGAAAGGCUGCCUUCGGACAUAGCAACAGCAAGCCCUUGCUUAACUGACAGUCUGUUUAGCUCCUGAGCUUAGACCAAAGUCAGCCCUCAGAAGGAAUCUUGCCAGCACAUUUCUCUGUGUAGCUGAAAUGUGGGGCAAUUCUCUCUGAGCCACGCUAUCCAUACCUGUUCUGAGAUGCCUUCUUGCUAAGAGAUGUCUUCUUGAGAUGCCUUCCUGUCUGAUUGCUGAGCCUUUACUUCCAGCAAUGAACGCCAGUUCCACACUCAGCCUGCUUCUCUCCUAGACUCAGUAAUAUGCCUUCCACUGCCUUCCUGGAGUGCCCCAUCCCUGUUCCCUGGAAUGCUGCCUCAUCUUCCCUGAGUGGCAUGCUCCCAACCCUUCUCUUCUUCCUGUUUUUGUCUGUGUUUGUCUUCCCCUCUCCCUUCCUCCAUCGUCUGUGAAUAACUGCAUCUGUUUUCCCCUCCAUAUGAAGGAAUGCUAUGGUCUGAUUAGAUUAAUAAUGAGCUUACAUGCAUUCAUACAGAUGUCACAGCUGGCUAAGAAUUGCUUGUAUUAUUUGCCUAAACAUUCCCAUCAUGAUUCAAUUGUAUUUCAAUAAAGUUUGAA